AUGCUUUGGGUUGGUCUGAAUUCUACUAAAUUUGUGAGAAUAGCAUUUAAAAAAGAUCAAUAUGCUUAAACUCACUAUAAAGUAUCAAGUAUUUUAAGAAGAAGGAUAUAAAUAAAUUUCUCUGUAAAUGCCACCAAUUACUACUUCCCAUAAUAAUAAUAAUCAUUGAGAAAACUUCAGUCUUGCAAAAGAAACUAUGGAGAUUCUCAAUAAACUAAUAUAACUCCAAUGUAAAUAUCAAACUCAACUAUAAUGACAUGA